ACCACCAUCGGUUGACCGUCGACAUAACUGGCACGGUCCUCCGGCAAUACUAAUACUAAUACUAAUGGUAUAACCCCAGACGACUCACCCCCCAGGCGCCGACGUCGUGUCCGUUCUACCAGCAUCGUCCAGUCAAUUCAGCCGACACUGCUCCAGCCUUAAGCCUUGCCUUGUACAACUGCCAGCUUGCUUGCUGCCUCUGGACAUCCCUUCGUCAUGAUUAUAAAACAUACUUAGAAUGCGCUUCUUUGUUCCUACCUGCGGCACUCUCGCCUGAGUUUAGUUGGUAUUCUUGUGACGGCGGCUCUAAGCGCUCUGAACUUACAACAUGGAUUCUCCCGAGUUCGCCUCAAAUAGGCCAGGUAUUCCUCAGCCUCGCCGGGUCAUGACCGCCCCGGUAGGUACCUCGAUUGCGCUACAGGGAUCUACAUCAUCUUCUUCUAUGUCUGCUACCUCGCAUGACGUAUCCAAUGCAGUUCCUGAAGACCCAGUGGAAACUUUGUACAGCCAUCCUUCGGUCAGGAUCAUAUCCUUCACAUCGAGUCACCGCGACUACACCAGAUCAUUCACCGGGUCCUCGGAUAAAGAUGUCCCGCCCGGCACUCUGCCACCUUCCUCUGGGCUGGAGCGGACCAUUGCUGUCGGCGCCUUUCGAAUCUACCGUGCGCCGGGUUCUGUCGCAUUUCUCAGCUGUGGCUCUGCUCUCCAACCUAUCCUUCCCAAAAGUCAGUGCUGGUGCAUCCACGAGGACAAUAGUCGAUUUGUACUGCAAAUACGUCGACCUCAGUACUGGAGAAUUGAGCUCCCUGUCGCCCAUCCUGACGACAUACUACGCGCUCUGUUGCUGCGAGAUGUCUUUGACAAGAUUCUUCUUUUUGAAAAGACAAUUUGCCCGUUCAAACGAAGUUUUACAGUCGAACUUCCAGAUCCUCCCGAGACCCCUAUAAGGAAGGCAUGGACGGCUGAGGGAAAGAAUCUAAUAUCUUCUCCUUUCUCUGAACUGUCACCGCCGGCCCAUGAGCCCAUUGCAAUUAGUAGGGGCAAACUUACAAACGUCUCUGAGUUUUGGUCCCUUGGGUCUAUACCACCGCGCGACGAAGAUGCAUUUAGGUCCUGGGCAGAAGCUCAUAUAUCAGAUGUUGAUGAACAUGGGAACGCUGGUACUCCCAGGAACGUUGGACCAAUACACCAUCCAUUCCCAGAUGUAGACAACGAACACGUAGAGUUAUUGGAACAUGGCAUAUAUACUCGGAGCAAUCAUCCUGCUGGAAAAGUAGGAUUGGAAAGAGAGGCAUGCCAAAAACCGGAUACCCCUGAUUCUACCGAAAUAUCUCAGGAUACGAAGCAAACUGCUUCCAAUUCGCAUCAGAACAACCAUAUCAUGUCUAAUCAACACCUCUCGAAUGGUGAGGAUGGCGAAGAUGGCCCAUCAUUUGAAGGGUCCGGGCGUGUUGCGCCUGUCAACCUCACACGAAAGCGGAUGACUCGAAUGCUUGCUGGGCGUUCUUUCAGUGGCCGCCCACAUACAGCAAAUGAUACACGAUCAUAUUCACCGCCAGCUCUAGCUAGAGGCCGUUCUUCUAGUGUAUCCGCCGGUCCUUUCUGUAAUGUGCAGCCACGGCGUUCUCACACCACACCACUCGCAGCAUCGCCACGCGCUAGAGACGUCUCAUUAAAACUUGAAAGCGCCGAGUUAUCCGAGCUAAAUCCGCAUGCAGCCUCAUCAGUCAUCUCCAAUGAUACUGCGGCACCUACCCCACAAGUUCAACGUGUCAUGGACGCAAAGACCGAUGAGCAUGUCAACACCGAGAGCAGCCCUAGAGCGUCACGCUCAUCUCCAGAAGAGUCACCGCUAUAUCCGUCAAAGGGAAAGCUACGAACGCAUCGACGACCACAUGCCAGUAGCCUCUCCAUUAGUCGCCCAGCUCUAUCGCCGUUGCCAUCAGCGGCCAACCUCUUUUCUGGCGCUCCCAAGCAGACGCCACAGAAUCAUUUCGCAACCGCUCACCAGGUUCCCACCUCCAUUGUGCAAAAGAUUUUGGGGGUUCUACUAGGCGUGCCCAGCUACCUCAUAAAACUAAUGCUUCAGGUAACUGCCAAGAUUAUUGCGGGUGAAUGGAGGGGUCUCGUGCUCGGCCUCAACGAGGCGGGCGAAGAGAUCCCGGUGCAAUGGGACUAUUACUCGGAUGGCGAAUUCAGCGAGUUGAGCGAUAGUGAAGAUUACACACUCACUAACCGCAGUUCGACUAUCAACGACAACUUAACCCAUACCAGCACACGGCGUAGAGUCAGAUCGAAACGAGAUAGCAAUCAUGAUGAUGACAGUUGGGAGGUCGACUGAAAGCAAAGGCAACCUCCUCUCACUUUUUAAUGAAAUUCUUGUAAGUGAAAUAUAGCGGGCAUUUCGUGGUUUGCAUAGGAUCUCGGAGUUGGGCCAUUGGUUGGACAAAGAUCAUUGUCACAUAUUUGAUUGUAAUUGGAAGGUAC